GACAAAUACGCUUUCAAAGGUAGUUGGCGUAAAAGGUUGUUUCCGCAAGCCGCAAGGUCCCAUCCGUGUCCUUGGUCCCCCAUCCUUAGUUCCUUCGCCCCGACUCGGCCUCAAGACAAGCCUGAUCGCACCGCACAAGAGAAGAUUCGGAGGGGUUUAGCCGGCCGGCGACUGGGAUCGGGAUCGGAUCGCCAUGAGCGAGGUGUUCGAGGGCUACGAGCGCCAGUACUGCGAGGCCUCGGCCUCCCUCGCCCGCAAAUGCACCGCCGCCGCCGCCCUCCAGGGAGAGAAGCUGAAGCAGAAGGCGGCGGAGAUCAAAUCCGGCAUCGAUGGCGCCGAGGCACUGAUAAGAAAGAUGGAUCUUGAAGCAAGGAACCUCCAACCGAGCGUGAGAGCGGGGCUCUUAGCAAAGCUCAGGGAGUACAAGUCAGAUCUUAACAACCUCAAGGGAGCGCUGAAGAGGAUCACCAGUGGUAAUGCACAACAAGGGGCGAGGGAGGAGUUGCUGGAGUCAGGAAUGGCCGAUACAUUGGGGGUAUCUGCUGAUCAAAGGUCAAGACUGCUCAGGACAACAGAAAGGCAGAACCAAACAACUGAUAGGCUCAGAGAUAGCCAUAGAACUAUGCUGGAGACUGAAGAUCUUGGAGUUUCCAUCUUGCAUGACCUGCAUCAGCAGCGUCAAUCUCUCUUGCAUGCUCAUGAUACAUUGCACAGCGUGGAUGACAACAUUGGCAAGAGCAGAAGGAUCAUUGGAGCCAUGGUCAGGAGAAUGGAUAGAAACAAGUGGAUUAUUGGUCUCAUCACAGCCAUCCUUGUCUUGGCGAUCCUAGUGAUCCUGUAUUUCAAGUUUGUGCACUAGGGAAUUGCUUUGCAUUGGACAACAGUUGACGGAGGAAGGCAGCAAAAAGAUUAGCUUCUAUCUGCAUUUUGCAACCUGUGCAUGUUUUUUCUUUCAAUUUUCCUUUUAUUUUGUUCAGAGCAUCUUUCUGUGGGCUGUGCUUGUAUGAUGAGAAGACAAGUUCAGACGAUGGGAUAGAGUUGUUUGGCCUGAUUGGUUUUUAUUUAAAAACUGGACGGGUAAGAAAUAAUUAAGCAGUUUUGGGCAUGUUGUGUUC